UUGUGUAAUUAAAAUUCAAAUUAUCAAAAUUUUGGUUGUGUUUUCCAUUAAAUUAUUUGGAGAUGAGUGUUGAUAGAGAGGAAGAAGGAGACAUAUAAAUACAUGAGUAACAGGAAGUACAUAUAGAGACAGGGACACUUCUCCCAUAAACUGGUGGAUAAAGCCUAAAAACAGCAAUUUCACAUUAACAACAACAACCCCAACAAUCAAACAAAGUGGACUCUUCUUUCUCAAAGGUCUGUUACAACAGCACAAAUUUCAAUUUUCACAUGUUAGGCUUUUUACUUCAUGGGUUUGUGUUCUUUUUGAUACAUUCUAGUUGGUAGAGUUCUCAUCUUUUUUAGUUGUUGUCAUUUGUUCUUGCAUUUGGGAAUUUGGUGUUAAAUGUUAUUUUGGUACGUUCUUGGAAAAGUUUUGAUCUUUUUGUUUUUUUGAUAAUGCUGUUGUUUGAGCCAGCUUUCAUGCACCUCGACUAAAUCCACGGGAUACCUAUUUCUUGAAUUUGGGAAUUUGGGUUUAUGUUAUUUUGAUAUGUUCUUGAUAAAGUUUUGAUCUUUUGAUUUUUUUGUCAUUGGUUCUUGCAUUUGGGAAUUUGGGUUUUAAUGCAAUGUAAAAUCCUUGGUUUAGAUCUAUACUAACAUAGGACAUAGAGUCCCAGAAGUUGUUGUUUGUAAAAAUUGUUUCUUUGGAUAUUUUUGGGAAUGUGGUUUUAAAAGAUGAAUGUUUUUGGUGUCUAAGCACUGAGGCUUUAGCCGAGGUUCUAUGGAAAACACUCUUUGCCUUCUCGAGAUAGGGGUAAAGUCUACGAACAACCUGCCUGACUACACGGGUUUGUUGUUGUUGUUAGCUAUUGGAAAUAGCCUCUCUACCUUCUCAAGAUAGGGAGAUUAUGGAGCUGGAAGUUACUGAUAUCUGUAUGGACAAGGAGCAAAACGGUAGCAUAAGUUACUGUGAUGGUGCUUCUCCAGAUUCAAGUUGCCUAAUUGACAGUAAUCAAGAUGUUCAGUCACCCAAGCUUAUUAUUGGGGAGCACGAAACUGAUAUGCUGAAAGAGAGUGUUGAAACGAAGGAGUAUGAAGUGAAGGAAUGCACAGCUGAAGUACCAGUUGAGAUAUCCAAACGUGAAGUUGAAAGUACCGAGGAACAAUAUACAAAGGACUCAAAAUGCGAGAUUGAAUCUCCUAUAAAGGAGAACAACUCUGAAGUACGAAAAUUAAAAGAUGAUAACAAGAGAUCAAGAACCUCAGUGAAAUCGGCAACCAAAUCUGCUGCUGGAAACUGCAAAACAAAGUGUACAGUUCCUCAACCAUUUGCUUUGGCAACUGAGAAGCGUGCGUCUCAUGGAACUCGUCUCGUUGGAAAUGAUGCAGACAAUGCCAAUUUUAAGACACCCGAAGCCAAUAAUGUGCGAGUCCCAAGUACAAAACAAAACAAGAUCUCCUCAGCAGUUGCUACUAGGAAGCCGCUACAGCCUGAUAACAAAAAGCAUUCUGAUGAAGAAGACUCAUGCUCAGUUAUUUCUUGUGCUACGCUACCAGCAAGAAAAUCCAGGGCCACCGUUGCAUCAGCUCCUGUAUUCCGAUUAUCUGAACGUAUAGAGAAAAGGAAAGAGUUUUACUCGAAAUUAGAGGAGAAACAUCAAGCUUUGGAGGCUCAGAAAAUUCAGUGGGAGGCAAGGACGAAGGAAGAGAGGGAAGCAGCUAUAAAGCAACUGAGAAAAAGUCUGAUGUUUAAGGCAAACCCAAUGCCGAGCUUCUACCAUGAGGGGCCUCCACCAAAAACUGAAUUGAAGAAGGCACCGCCAACCCGUGCGAAAUCACCGAGGUUGGGUAGAAGGAAGAGCUGCAAUGACUCAGUUGGUUUAGACAAAGAGAUGGGAGCUUAUGAUCGAGGAACUCGCCGCAGUCUUGAAGUUAACAAUGAAAAUGAUGCUUUUGGUUCAAGAAAUAGGAAAGACCGCUUAAAUAUUCAGAAUGGUACUUCCAUUUACAAAUUUAACAAUGAAGCUAAUCAUGCAGGGGAGAUAAAUGAAUCGUAUAUGACUAAGAUGCGUGAAGAAAUGAAUAUGGACAUUACUGUUCAUUCUUGAGCCUUUUGUGAGUCUUCUAAUUUAAUAAACUUAAGAACUUCUCUUUUCGUGGUUUUGCUUCUUGUAACGCUGUAAGGAUUGUGCAUUUGACUGCGUUCAAAACUGCAAAAGCCUUUUUUGCAGUCGUUUGUGUAACUUUUAUUUAUGAAGUGUAAAUUUCUGUAAGUUAUUUCCAAUGAUUGUGUAAAGUGACUUCAUUUUCUUGUAAUCUAUCUAUGAAGAAGCUGGCUACCGCACAAUUCAUAUAUAAGUGGAACCUCCACUUUGUAUAUUGCA